AUGUGGAGCGGAGUGUGGUGUGGUGUGGUGUAUGGAGUGAUGUGGAGCGGAGUGUGGUGUGGUGUAUGGAGUGGUGUGGAGCGGAGUGUGGUGUGGCGUGGUGUAUGGAGUGAUGUGGAUGGAGUGAUGUGGAAGGAGUGUGGUGUGGUGUAUGGAGUGGUGUGGUGUAUGAAGUGGUGUGGUGUAUGGAGUGAUGUGGAGCGGAGUGUGGUGUGGUGUAUGAAGUGGUGUGGUGUAUGGAGUGAUGUGGAGCGGAGUGUGGUGUGGUGUAUGGAGUGGUGUGGUGUAUGGAGUGGUGUG